GACAUUUUGAAAAGAGCUUUGAAACAGACUUUAAAGUUAGAAGUGUAAAAAGUUGUCAGGAUGUUAACGAUGAAAAGAAAUAUUACAGGUACGUUAUUUAAACAGUUGUAACAACACGUGGGGACGUGUAACUCUAUAUUUUUUUGGAACCCCUCUGCUGUACUCUUUAAGAGGUGCGCCCUAUCAAAUGCACCUCCCGCAACUUUUAGGUACUGCUAGUGAAGUGUAGAGAAGUUCCUAUUUCAAAAUGAGACCCAUAUUUAUGUACCAGUCAUUGUAACUGUGACCAGAAGGAGUUGUGUUUGAGGGUGAUGUCACUGUCCAUGCUGCUGACUUUGCUUCACUAGGGCUUGGCUUACAGUUCUAUGCCAAUUUGCAAAGCUAGCAGAAAACCUACCUUAUUAAGGUGCACCACUCGGGGACUCUAAUAUUGUGUUUUUGUGCUUGUGUAGAACUUUACGAAGCAUUGGAUUCAGCUGAAAGGAAGCCCCCACACCUGUUUUUGUUAUACUGAUAUUGUUUUGCUGGAAUUACCCAUGCACCUUUACCCAAGAAAAUGUCUUUGUUAAUGCCGGUACCUUUUUUGUUCUUAAUGCUACUCACAUGUCUGUUAUUCGAGAAGUUUGGUGAAUGUCUCCUGGGCACUUUUUUUUUUUGCAAAGACAAGUAACCCAAAACGUAUUUUUGUUAUGAUCAGUUAUCUUGAACUUUGGAACAAACACUGCCCGUUGCAUUUUCUUCAGGUCUUUCUAAGAACAAGCUGCAUACCUUUAUUCGGGCACCAACUUUCUACCCAGCAUUUUUCCCCUUUCUCUCAACUUGAUCAUGUUUCUUGUCGCUGAAACUCCUUCUGCAUGCACGGCAUUUGAAGUCCUUCUGGACAUAUCUGGUUUCAUUUAAAACAGAGCCCAUUGUUCCCAGUAAUGAUAUGUGUCGCUUUUACAAAACAGUAUGUCUGUUGUAAUGCAAGAGCUUAGGGAUUACAAGGAAUUUAUUAGGUGCAUAUAUUAGGUGCUGAGAUUAUAGGAACACUAUCAGGCUGAGCAGCAGAGAGCUAUUCCCUGGAAAGGCACGCAACGGACCUGAUUGAAGAUGGUGCUACUCACUGCGAAAAGCGUGCAGUUCGGGGCAUUUUUUGUGUCUCUGGUCGGCUUCGCGACAUCUUUUGUGACCACCUUUCUGCCCCUGUGGAAGACCCUCAACACAGAUCUCAAUGAAAUGGAGAACUGGUAUCAGGGGCUGUGGCAUACCUGCGUGUUUCAGGAUGAAGUGGGUCUUCAGUGCAAAGCCUAUGACUCCUUCCUAGCUCUACCUUCAGACAUCGUGGUCUCCCGGGUGUUGAUGUUCAUCUCCAUCGGGAUGGGACUCCUCAGCCUGAUUGUGACCAUGUUCGGACUGGACUGUGUCAAACUGGGAGAAGGCAAGGAGGAGGUGAAGAAGAAGCUGCUGGUUUUUGGAGGGGUGCUCUCGUUGGUUUCUGGGAUUACAACCCUAUUCCCUGUCUCCAUGGUGGCAUACGGAAUAGUGUCCGAGUUCUGGGACGAUAACCUGCCUGAGAUUGUCCCGAGAUGGGAGUUUGGAGAGGCCAUGUUCUCAGGGUGGUUUGCUGGUUUAUUUCUCUUGCUUGGUGGAUCCUUUCUUUUUGUAUCCGUGUGCAUGAUGAAGGACAGGCACCCGAGAAUCUACUAUUUAGACACUGGAAAGCAGAAAGAGCUGCAGUAUUUAAAGACAGAGGUGUUAUAGUCAUGACGAUUCCUGGUUAAAAAGAUCACAGUAGGUUGCUAAACUCACAAAAAUACAACAAGAAUGUGAAAAAAGUAUUGCAACUGCUUAUAAUUUGCAACUUUCAAUUGGCAGCCUUUGUUGCACCCACUUUUUUAUUUUUGGUAAUUAAACUUGUUUGCAGAUUUUUAUGGAAUUUAUUUUGAUUAAAAUGUUAUUCAUGCAGAA